ACCUAAUCAAAUAAUUCAAAUGCGAAAUAUCAAAUAGUCAAGUAAUUUUCAUUUAAUUUCUAUUUAAUCUAGACCUAUUACUAUUAGUGGUUUUUGUCCAACAGCCAUGGAGGAUUGGAAGUCGUUGAACAUCCGGACAGAAAUAUUAAACGCUCUUAAAUUGAAAAACUUCACGAAACCCACCAAAAUUCAAUCGGAAUCAAUUCCCCCAGCUAUCAAAGAUCAAAGAGACAUACUUGGUGCGGCCGAAACUGGAAGUGGUAAGACAUUAGCUUUUGCAAUACCUAUUUUAAAUGGCAUUCUCAAUGCAAGAUCUACGGAAUCGAUAUCAGAUGCUUCAAAUUCUGACUCAGAAUCAGCCUCUGAUUCAGAGUCAGAACAUGACAUUGAACCAGAAGUCUUGGAAGAACUUGAUGAAAACGGACUAGGUUGCGUAGCAGUUGUUAACUUACCACCAGAUAAUUAUAUAAGAACUAAUAAAAAAUUAUGGGCAGUCAUACUUGUACCUACCCGUGAGCUAGCCAUGCAAGUAAAAAAUCACAUUGAAGAUGUAGCCAAGUUUACAGAUAUUAGUAUCGCUGCUAUUGUUGGUGGACUGUCUAGUGAAAAACAAGAAAGGAUUUUAAAAAAAGGUCCAGAAAUUGUUGUCGCUACACCAGGACGUCUUUGGGAAUUAGUACAGAGAAAUGAGCCACAUUUAAUGCAAUUGAAUAAAGUAAAGUAUUUUGUGAUUGAUGAAGCAGAUCGUAUGGUAGAGACUGCACAUUUUCCUGAAUUACAUCUUAUGCUUGAAAAAAUUAAUUUAAAAAGAAAUAAUAAGCGACAAAAUUUUGUGUUCUCUGCAACACUUACUAUGGUGCAUAAAGCUCCAUACAGAAUGAACAUUAAGAAUAAGAAAAAAAUUAAGAAAAAUUUAACUCCUGAAGAUAAAUUGAAAAGUUUAAUUCAAUUAAUUGGUAUGAAAAAUCCACAUGUUGUAAACUUGACAACUGUAAAUUGUGUUACUAGUACAGUGAAAGAAAUGCAAAUAUUUUGUUCAGUUAAGGAAAAAGAUGGAUAUUUGUAUUACUUUUUGAAACAAAAUCCUGGUAGAAGUUUAGUGUUUUGCAAUAGUAUAAGUUGUGUGAAACGACUCGCUAGUGUCUUAAGUAUUCUUAAACUAAAUCCAUUACCUAUACAUUCAAAUAUGAUUCAGAAACAAAGACUUAAAAAUUUAGACAAAUUCCGAGCUAAUGACCAUGGCAUAUUACUCGCCACUGAUGUGGCUGCAAGAGGUCUUGACAUUAUUGGUGUUAAUCAUGUGAUACAUUAUGAUGUCCCAAGAACGGCUGAAAUCUACAUCCAUCGUAGUGGCCGUACUGCAAGAGCAUCAAAUAUUGGGUUAUCUCUAUUAAUUUGUACUCCUGAUAAAAAGAAUGUAUACUUGAACGUAUUGAGAACCAUGAAAAGAGAAAAAGAAUUGCCAAGGUUUGAAGUACAACUACGAAUGUUGCAAACGUUUCAUGCAUGUGUAAAAUUGGCCCAGGAAAUAACUUCAUUGGAAGAAAAGGCAAAGAAAGAAACAGCAUCCACUAAUUGGUUUAAUAAAGCUGCUGAAGAAAUGGAAAUACUUUUGGAUGAAGAUGAAUUACCAAGAGGAAUGGGUACUAGUGAUUUAAAAAAACAUAAAAAACUUACCAAUUCUAAACGUAAACAAUUAGAAAUGUUUUUAUCUACAAUAAAAUGAUUUUUCGUUUACACAUUGAA